GCUUUGUAUGGCUCUGCAUUGCAGAGCCAUACAAAGCAGUGGGCUUAUAGUGGAAAGCACACAGUAAAACAGCACACAGUUAACCCUUUGAUCACAUCAGAUGGUAACCCUUUCCUGCCCCGUGUCAUUACUGCAGUGGGACAGGGGCGGACUGACAACUCAUGGGGCCCCUGGGCAAUAGGGGAUCAUGGGGCCCCUGUGUCCUUGUCCAAACUCAAAAAAGCCUAUGAAAAAGGUACCAGGGGUAUCUCAUGGGGCCCCCUACUGACCCCGGGCCCUCGGGCGGUGCCCGAGUUUCCAAAUGGUCAGUUCGCCCCUGAUAGG